AUGGCUGCCGAACAAUCAGAUUCUGACCCUUUUGAUCUCACCGACGCUGAAAUUUGCUUGCUACUUGAUCCAUUUGAUGACCCAGAGCUGGAAAACAUUUUAGAAGCCCGUUCUACCUCACACCAAUUCCCGAAUGUCGCCUCAAACCUGAUGCAGCUGUGCGGUGGCGAGAGACUUAACGGCUUCACUGUGUAUGUGGGUAACUCCUCCCAGAAUUACACAGUUUGUUACAAAGACAACACUACAGAAACGAACGGUCCUGGGGACAUCAUCGACGCAGUUUGUAACGGUGGUCCUGUAUUUGGGGACACCGUGAAGAUUAUGAUAACUAAUUCCUCAUACCUUACUCUGUGUGAAGUGCAGAUUUUCGAAUUUGGUUUCCAACAAAUUUAUGUGUUAUUUUGUAUAUCAGAAAGACAAAACUACAUAACCUUAAACAAUUUGUAUGGAAGACUUCUACGAACUCCACCAGAAGUGCAUGGAAUUAAAAACAUAGGAAAAUAUCAGAUGAUAUUAUCAGAAAAUAAUGCUGACACCCAUGAAAUGAUGUGUUUUGCAGAAUGUAAAAACAACACGUGGGGGGAAGAUUGCCAAGAGACAUGUGGACACUGUUACAACAAAACUGAGUGUAACACUGUCACUGGUGAAUGCCCUGUAGCGACGGGGAAUAUCCAGUGUGACUCUGGAUAUACCGGAAGUUAUUGUGUAAAAGGUGAGUAUGUUGUUAUGUAGCGUUCUGCACAUCUUCCCGCUUGCUUUAGAUAAGUUGUUAAAAACAUGCAUCGAAAAUAAACACAUAGAUUUUAGCCAUCCUUAUGUAGUUCGGCC